AUGUAUGUAUUACACACACACACACACACACACACACACACACUAGCCUCCAGCAUCGCGCAGGCGCAGAUCAUCACCGAGCUCCCAAGUUGGGAGGGCCAGGGCGCGGUUACGACGGAUUCCCACGUGAAGGGCCGAUCCGGCUGGGGCCCCCGAGCCUCGAGGAGAUCGGGCGGCAGCUUCGUGAUGGGGCGAAUUCCGCCCCAGGCCCUCCUGGUGGCCUCCGUGGCCCUCCUCCUCGCCCUGCACGCGGCAAGCUCCCACAGGGACUUCCACUUUAGAAAACCCCAGAAGAAGGACCCCGUGGCCGACUUCCUGUCCCAAACAGCGGCGGCCAUUCGGGAGGCGAUGGAAGCGCUGCUCGGGCCCGAGCUCGUGCACUUCCUGGCCGAGAUCUUGCCGACCGUCUCUUCGGUCCUCUCGGAGUUUUGCUUCACGCUCUCCCGGGUCUCCGCGCAGCUGCUGGACGCCGUGGGGCUGGAGGGGGACCACCUCACGCGGGCCUUGAAGCUCAGCCCUGACGAAGUUCAGGUCCUCCUCCUGUGGGGCUUCGGGGCCCUCGCGGCCUACUGGAUGCUGGCCCUGCUGGGCCAGGGCUUGAAGCUGCUCCUCUUCCUCGUGGCCUUUGUGGUGGUGGUCAGGUCCGUGCUCGAACUCUUCGGGGGGAGAGAAGAAGAGCCUUGGGAGGCUAUCUGACAGACCGAGGGGGCUGUACUUGGUCAGCAAGAGCGGGGCCAAACGGACCAGAUCUGCGGGAGGUGCGGGGGUCACGCAGCGUCCCUUUGGGGACAGAGGGAGCUGAGGCGGUGCGACAGCCACACUUGUGUCCUGCUCUCGGAAUUAAGGAUGAGCGGCCGAGCCCCCCAGCCCCCCGGGGAACUCUCCGAGGUCCUUUCAUCCCGGCAGCGGGUGUUGUAGGGGGGCCAUCCCAUCCGGUUAGGAGCCCUCACAGUGAACUCUGGACCUGCAAGUUUUCCUCAUUCAGAAACAGUCCCUCCGACUCGGAAUAUGGAGAUUUUCUAUCAUAUAAACUAGAUCCACUAAACGCUCCGUAUCCGAGCUCACACAAGUUAUUAGGCGUCUACUGUGUGCCAAAUACUGGGCCAAGCUCUGUAAACAUCAAAAAAAAAAAAAAAAAUACCUACUCAAGGAGGUGGAUGUUUUUAUCCCCGGGGCCU